AUGGAGGCUCCCGGGGAGGUGGACCCGGCCCGGGAAGCGGCAGGCGGCGACCUGCUGCUGGCGUUGCUGGCGCGGAGGGCCGACCUGCGCCGAGAGAUCCCGCUGUGCGCUGGCUGUGACCAGCACAUCCUGGAUCGCUUCAUCCUUAAGGCUCUGGAUCGCCAUUGGCACAGCAAGUGCCUCAAGUGCAGCGACUGCCACACACCGCUGGCCGAGCGCUGCUUUAGCCGAGGGGAGAGCGUCUACUGCAAGGACGACUUCUUCAAGCGCUUCGGGACCAAGUGCGCCGCUUGUCAGCUGGGCAUCCCGCCCACGCAGGUGGUGCGCCGCGCCCAGGACUUCGUGUACCACCUGCACUGCUUCGCUUGCGUGGUGUGCAAGCGGCAGCUGGCCACGGGGGACGAGUUCUACCUCAUGGAAGACAGCCGGCUGGUGUGCAAGGCAGACUACGAGACAGCCAAGCAGCGAGAGGCCGAGGCCACGGCCAAGCGGCCCCGCACGACCAUCACCGCCAAGCAGCUGGAGACGCUGAAGAGCGCUUACAACACCUCGCCCAAGCCAGCGCGCCACGUGCGCGAGCAGCUUUCGUCGGAGACCGGCCUGGACAUGCGGGUGGUGCAGGUGUGGUUCCAGAACCGUCGGGCCAAGGAAAAGAGGCUGAAGAAGGACGCGGGCCGGCAGCGUUGGGGGCAGUAUUUCCGUAACAUGAAACGCUCCCGGGGCAGCUCCAAAUCCGACAAGGACAGCAUCCAGGAGGGACAGGACAGCGAUGCCGAGGUUUCCUUCACCGACGAGCCAUCUAUGGCCGACAUUGGCCCUGCCAACGGCCUGUACAGCAGCCUUGGGGAGUCCACGCCUGCCUUGAGCAGGCCUGCAGGAGCCCUGGGUAGCUUUGCACUGGAACAUGGAGCCCUGGCAGGUCCAGAGCAGUAUCGAGAGCUGCGUCCCAGUAGUCCCUAUGGCAUCCCUCCAUCCCCCGCGGCUCCCCAGAACCUUCCCGGCCCCCAGCCCCUCCUAUCCAGUUUGGUGUAUCCAGACUCCAGCUUGGGCCUUGUGCCUUCAGGGCCCCCGGGUGGACCCCCGCCUAUGAGGGUGCUGGCUGGAAACGGACCUAGCUCUGACCUGUCCACAGGGAGCAGCGGUGGGUAUCCUGACUUCCCGGCCAGCCCUGCCUCCUGGCUGGACGAGGUGGACCACGCUCAGUUCUGA